GCGGGGGCGCGGCCGGCGGGUGCGCCAUGGUGCGGCCGUGAGCGGAGCAUGGGGCGGCGGCUCCUCCGGGCGCUCCUCUGCCUCCUCCUCCUGGCCGGCCGCGGGCAGCUGCGUGACGGUGCUGCCGCCGCCACCGCCGCACACGGCUGCCUGUUUGACCGAAGGCUGUGCUCCCCGCAGGAGGUGUGUGUGCAGGAUGGGCUGUUUGGGCAAUGCCAGGUGGGCUCCGUGCAGGACAGACCCUACUUUCAGGUCACAUCUCCUGUGCUCCAGCGUCUGCAGGAUGUCUUGCGGCAUCUCAUGGCACAAGGGCUCUCGUGGCAGGAUGGCAUCACCCAGUAUGUGAUCUCUCAGGAGAUGGAGCGCAUCCCCCGCCUCCGCCUGCCACCCUCGCUGGAGCCAGCGGCCAGGGACAGGUUCCUGCCUCACCGCAGCGAGCCCCGGCGAGCCCCAAUAGCUCCAGACCCUGGCCUGCCAGCAGCUCAGCAUUUGGAGCAGCCCCCAGCACUGCUGCUUUCCCCUCUGGUGCAGCGGUACCUGGAGCACGUCCUGCUGCCCUCCUCACCCCAGCUGGGCUACGAGGAGGCUCUGCUCAAUCCCUACUCCUACCACAAGUUCGGCUAUCAGGAUGGUGCUCACCAGCAUCCCAGCGGCUCAGCCAGGCAGAGCUCUGAGACCUCCUCGCUGCUGGGCCGGGUCCCCGCCCAGACCCUUUUUGGGGCUGGCCCUGUGCCCUCCUAUGGUGGGCAGCCAGGAGUGGAUGGGGGGCAUCUUUUCCAGGACUUGGGCAUGCUUUCCCUGCCCAGAGAGAAAGCUGGCCGCCCGGACCCUGCCAGCACCAGGCUUCAGCACAGCUUGCGGCUCCCCAGUGACUACAGAAACAUAGAGGAGAGGGAGCAGCAAGCACCCCUGGCUGCCCAGCCACCCUCUGCACAGACGGAUGCUGCUCUGAAGAGACUGGCUUCUCUCCUGGCCAGCUAUGGCCUGGGGCUGCCAGAACUGAGUCCCCAGCAGAUAAGCAGCCUAUCCACCCUCCUCCAGCUGCUCCAGAGCUCUGGUGUUGCUGGCCCUGAAGUGCCCACAGCGAAACGGGUGGGUUUGCAGCAGGCUGAUGCUGGAGGAGGUGCCAAGGCACAGGUGAUGGAGGGGGACAUGCAGCAUGGAGAGGAGCCAGUGCCCCCUUCUUCCACAAUGCCACCCCUCAAAAUCCCAGCCAGCAGCUCUCCAGGAGAUGGAAUGAAGGGCAGGGCAGCAUCAUCACCAGCUCCCUGGGCUGAGCCACAACAGGGACACAGCGGGGAUGCACUCAGCCCUGGAAAGCACAUUGUGGUGGAGAAGAAGAGCUACACAGAGAUGAAGGACAGGGCACAACAGGGCAUGCGACCACUAGACGAGUAUGGCUACAUCAUCACAGACCAGAAGCCCCUGGGGCUGGCUGCUGGCGUGCAGCUGCUGGAGCUCCUAGCCAAGCACCUCCACCUCUCCACCGCCAGCUUCAUCAACAUCAGCGUUGUGGGUCCUGCACUUACUUUCCGCAUCCGACAGAACCCCCAGAACUUUUCACUGGCAGACGUGGCCAGCCAUACUGCUGGACGAGGCAGUCAUGGCAUUGACAGGAAGGUCUUGUCCAGCAAGCGAAAUGAGGCUGCUGCCUACUCACGCCCGUCCCGCUUUGGGGACGGCUUCCACUCGGUGCUGCUGACCUUCAUCGCCCUGGCCUGCGUGGCAGUCAUUGCCAUCGCAGUGUCUGCGGCUUUCUGCCUCCGGCGCCACGCCAAGCAGCGGGAGAAGGAGCGCCUGGCUGCCCUGGGGCCCGAGGGUGCUGCUGACACCACCUUCGAGUACCAGGAGCUGUGCCGCCAGCACAUGGCUGCCAAGUCUCUCUUUGGCCGCACCGACGCGCCGGCGGCACCGGCGGAGACCUCGAGGGUCAGCAGUGUCUCAUCCCAGUUCAGCGAUGCCCCACAGCCCAGCCCCAGCUCCCACAGCAGCACACCCUCCUGGUGCGAGGAGCCCGUCCAGUCCAACAUGGACAUCUCCACCGGCCACAUGAUUCUGGCCUAUAUGGAGGACCACCUCCGCAACCGGGACCGGCUGGCCAAGGAGUGGCAGGCACUCUGUGCCUACCAAGCUGAGCCCAGCAUCUGCUCCAUUGCCCAGAGUGAAGCCAACGUGAAGAAGAACCGCAACCCUGACUACGUUCCCUAUGAUCACAUGCGGAUCAAGCUGAAAGCAGAGAGCAACCCAUCCCGCAGUGACUUCAUCAAUGCCAGUCCAAUCAUUGAGCAUGACCCACGGAUGCCAGCGUACAUUGCCACACAGGGGCCCCUGUCCCACACUAUUGCUGACUUCUGGCAGAUGGUGUGGGAACAUGGCUGCACUGUCAUUGUCAUGCUGAGCCCCCUCGCCGAGGACAGUGUCAAGCAGUGUGAUCGCUACUGGCCAGAUGAAGGCUCCUCUCUUUACCACAUUUAUGAGGUGAACCUGGUGUCAGAGCAUAUCUGGUGCGAGGAUUUCUUGGUGCGCAGCUUCUACCUGAAGAACGUGCAGUCGCAGGAGACCCGCACCCUGACGCAGUUCCACUUCCUCAGCUGGCCGGCCGAGGGCAUCCCCACCACCACCCGGCCCCUCCUCGACUUCCGCAGGAAAGUGAAUAAGUGCUACCGCGGUCGCUCCUGCCCUAUAAUUGUGCACUGCAGUGAUGGUGCAGGCAGGACUGGGACCUAUAUCCUUGUCGACAUGGUCCUGAACCGAAUGGCCAAAGGGGUGAAGGAGAUAGACAUAGCUGCUACGCUGGAGCAUAUCCGAGAUCAGCGGCCUGGUAUGGUGCAGACCAAGGACCAGUUUGAGUUUGCACUGACGGCUGUGGCCGAGGAAGUGAAUGCCAUCCUGAAGGCACUGCCACAGUGAUGGCAAGGAGCCCUCCCUCCCCUCUUGUCUGCUCCCUGCCCUGCGCUUCGCACUCUCCUCACCGGCCUCUGGGGCUGCUCUCCCUGUAAAAUGGUGUCUGUGCUUCUGGCUCUGCUCCCCCCACCCCCAGGCACCCCUUCCCAUCUCCCCAAGGACAUUGACUCAGGCCCUCUGUGUGCAGGAACCCCACCACACCCACUGUCACCUCAGAGGGGACAGGGCUUGUGGCCCUUAAGCCCUGUGGAGGGGAACACCAGGUGGGGCUGGUGGGAACUGGCAGGGGGACUCCCCAGCCUGUCAGUUCCAUGUUAGCCCUCUUCCUGUACCCAUGUGGGGGGCAGAAGUGGGGGCGAGGGUCCUCCACAGCUGGAGAUAGCAUGGGGUGCAGGGGGCCUGGCCCAGCCCCACUCCUGGUCCCCUUUGUGUGCUCCCUGCCUAGUCACUCGAGCAGAAGAAAAAUUUCUAGAGAACUAUAAUUUUGUAUCUUGAUGUGAAUAAAGUUCUUGUGUUACGUUCGUGCAGCUGCA